AUGUUGGGCAUUCGUCAGCUAUAUCCAUCUUCUGUUGUUCAUGUAGCUCAUGUUUUACCGCUCGAUGACGAUUUGUCACAUGAGACGCCAUCCGUGCUUCUAGCCGGGAUUGGAUCCUCAGUAAAUGUUUAUCGUAUUGAGAAGCAACCCCGAUUGUCGGAUCUCACAACCAUAGCUUAUGGAGAGAAAUCUUCCCAUGAGGUUAUUGCCUUCACACCGACAGGGCACUCCAUAAAUGUAGGCAACAUGGUAAUCCGCAUUGGGGCACUACGCCACCAGAUAGCAAUUUUCCUUACACGAGACCUUGAACUUAUUCUUGUACGCUAUCAAGCUAAUUUGUCGUGGGAUCUUAAUGAAAAAAAUAGCGCUUCUUGUAAUCAGUGUGUGAGUCACAAGAAUCACUGGUGUAUCAUCUAUCGCUACACUACAUUCACUACGCCCUUUGGCACUGGAACGCGAUUGACGUUGGGGGAGCCCGUGGCUGACCCGCAGUUGAUAGUUGGCGAGAGUGGAAAGACCGCACAGGCAAUCAUUUUCAGAAACAAUGUCCAUACCAUCCAUAUUGACCACCUUAAAUGUGAAAGUGUAAUGGCGGCAAAUAGUCUAACAUUUUUUGGCCUCAUAGGUCGAAGCAGGUCCUCAAAUUUUUAUCACUACGCUUGGCCUGGUGAGAUGCCAGUGCCUUCUGGAGAAUUCCGCUUUAGAAGCCAUACUAAAAGCGAAAGUACUUAUAUUUACGGUGAAAGUGAUGACAUGCGUUCUCAGAGACUACACGAGAAUUGGCUGCAGGGUUCACCGUCUGUUGCUGACGAAGACCUCAUGCUGGACCACAGUAUUAAGGUAUUGUCUCAGAAAAAAAAAGAGCUUGAGAAAAUACCCUCUAAUCCACCGGGACGAGAUCCGCGUUUGCCUGUGGUUCAUAUUAGUAUUGAUUUUUUAGAAGCCACCUCUCUGGCGCCGCUUCCCUUGCCAGGGGUACCAACAGAUUGCUUUGUUCAGCUACUCAAUAACCGCUCGUCCAUUUAUGUAUCCUCCUUAAACCUGGAUUACAACUCUCAACUCACGCAUCCUGUACUGAGGACAUUGACAUGUCUUCGUGUACAAUCAGGUAGCGCAGGUCAUCCGUGUUCUCCUUAUUACAUCAUUACAGCCCCUCCUGGACCGCGGAAAAGGCUGCAGACCCGCGUCUAUGCCUUCUCUAGCGCUACCACCGGUCAGUACAUUCAUCACUGGCAAAUAGAUAAGCUUAAAAGCACUGAUUUAAACGUACCACAGAAAGGCAUUCGUUUGACAACAAGUCAUGAGCGUGUAGUCGCUGGCGUCUUCCUCUUUAUAGACAAACUGUGCUCCCUCUGGUUGUUGCUGGACGAUGGCUCACUGACAGAGAUCCCAGACCAGAUUCUUAUGACGCUAGAACAUGGUAAGGCGCAAGAUCAAAUGAUAGGCAGUACCUCACCCGUGGAUGAAGAGGGGGAGUUCAACGAUUGUCUAGGUGUUCCCUGGACCCGGUGUGAUUUUAGUGGACUGCCGCGCGGUUUUAUGCCAAGGAGCAUGCUUCCCUUUAACCAUUGUAGCUAUGCCAACCCCAAUCCUUAUAUUGCUCUCACACAACGCUACGUCCUUUUGAUAGACUACGUUUGUGAUGUCUUUGUUGUUGAUCUACAGACAAGGUGUGUGGUGGGCGGGCUUUGGGGUGAAGGUGCGGUGACGUCGGUAUGUCGAGGCCCUGCACAUUCGAUGAUAGUUUCCCACUCCAAGGGCACGUUAACAUUGCUGUCACCCGCAGUCCCAGCGACGGUAAUGACAACCAAAGUUCUUUCUACUACAGGGAAAGAUCCCAGCAAUAUGGAAAUAUCCAAGAAUACAUUAUUCAAUACGGUAGUACAGGGCUUUUAUCCAAUAUGGUGGGGUUAUGCAAACAGCGGAAUCGGCGAAUCCCUCUGGGGAGUGCUGGUAAGCGAUGCGAACAAUACUUACCUACUGUCUUGCCACUACCGCGAUGGAACCUGCCCGUUCACAUUGACAGAGCAUCGAACACAUUAUGGGGCCUCCUACUGGUUCAAUGACGAACCGACUUUGUAUGCUGCUCCUCUCCGUGGCACAAAGGGAGGUGAUUUGACGCUGGUACAGUGCACUCCUACACGAUUGUUUGUAGAACACCAGACAAUUGAUCUUCCAGGGAAGGCAACCCACGCAGUCGGGUGCCGAGUGGAAAAGUCAGUUUGUGGUGUGAUUCAUAUAGUGAUUUUUGUAGCUGUAAUCCUGAAAGAUGGCUUUGUGCUGUUUUCCUGUUCCUCUGUCUGUGAUCCAGGUGUGGGCCCCACUGUAGUAACGCCGGUAUACCGACAAUCACACCCCUGGUCAUGCCCACCAGCUUCUGUGGCUAUUGAUAUGAUCAACGAAUACGAAGUGGCCAUGUUAAUAGGGAUGUGGGACGGUUGCAUAGAUUUUUUGCGUCUAAAAACAACAGACGGGGAGGUUGUGAGGGCGCCAACACUUGUAUACCAUUUAGUUUCACCGCUUUACUCCCCCUCUAUAUCUGUUUUCAAGGAUUGCGGUCAAUCAUCUGUCCCCCGAAGUAUUGUGAGGGUGCGUUCUAAAGAAAAAGAGCGCAUGCAAUGGAUGGUACUGCAUGAUGAUACCAGGCUCACUGUUAUUCGUUAUGGCACUGGUAAUAAAAAAAAGGGUGUCUCUAAGCCUGAAUGGAAAUCGGUAACAAGUGUAAUGCCAUCUGGUGCCGCCCUUUGGGGUACAUGUUUGUCUUCUGUGCUUAGAGACGCUGAAGAUUACAGUGGGUUUAAUAUUUUUAUUAUUCAGGACAAGGAAAUAGUAUUGCUUGUCGCUGGAGCUGAAGGGGGUGGUAAUGGUGGACUGAACACUUCGGUACACACCGUAGCCACCAUGGAAUCCCCCUCUCUUGAGUUUUUAUCGGAUGGAUGGCAAAGGGGCUUUGCUGUGCAAACCCAUUCCUCUGUAACGGGGUUGCUGCAACACACUCUUUUUUUAACUGAUGGUCAUCGGUUGGUUGUUGCUUCGCUUCCACAGCUGUUUCGUCGAGGCAGCUGUGGCUGUAGCAGUGACACAGUGAACUUGAAAACUGUUCAAGAGCAGGAAGAUGGUGGUGAUAAGGAGCAUUUGGCAGUAGUAUCACCAAUAACCUACCACCUAAAGCGCCGUGUAAAUAUCAUAUCUAACCCUUCGCAGCGGCUUACAAAGACUCUGUACUUAUCGUAUCCAGGACUUUUGGUCAAUAUUCUAGAUUGUGGAGAUGCGCACUCUUCAAUCCUAGUGGUUGUGUCCAAGACCUCGUUCAAGGUGUGCGAUUUUUUACAAUUGCUUGAUCAGGUGGCCACUUGCGCUGGACAGGUUCCCCCAUCACAGCGUCGACUUGAGUCAUUCGACGCGAUCUCGCGAGAGAUAGUGUUCGUUGGAACUGCCGCACUGGAAGGUUCACUAGGUGGUGGACGGGUUCUUGUUCUGCUUAUAAACCCUCUGCGCAUUCUCCACACGGUUCCUGUUGGGGAGGGUGCUGUGAUGGAUCUGUCGGUGUGCCGACAAGCAAACCAUUGUGAUAGUGAUCCACGUAAUAACAAUAACGCAGAGUAUGGCACUGAGGUUCUUGUAGCGGUAUGCUGUGGACCGCUGGUCUGCGUGUAUAGGCUGGAGGGUUACGAACUAUAUCCAUUCAUGUCGCAUCGCUUCGAGACAGAUUGCAUUAGUAUUUCCUUGUCUCAACUAUUUGUGAGUGUGGGCCUCGGUAGCAUUGGUAACGCAUUUCUACAGAUUGUGUAUCCCAAAAAUACAUUUCAGCCACCGAACUGCUCUAACAAGGCAAAAAGUGGUGAUGCAUUGCUGUUGGAGGAUACUUUGUCAUACAUCAGCUCCAGUGACGACAGUGAAAACGAGGAGUUGACUAGCGAACGACAGAGUGAGACGGCAGAGACAAUAGAAGGCAAUAUAUCUAAUAGCAAUGAUUGCAUCGCAACGCGUCUGAACGCCUCAGCAAUUCCAAAACUGAGGUUGAUUGCGUUGGAGCCAACGCUUGGGGGUGGUGUGUUUAGGCAGGAUAUGUACCGCGACCGCUCCGUGCGUGUGGACGAUGAUGGAGGGGUGUACAUUAGUCACCUUUCCUCGACUGACAAGAAGAAUCUCGAGUGUUGCUCCCCGUGGGCUGUAGCCGUCGGUGAUUGCCAGGUCGUGAUGACUCAUUGCUGGGGCCUACCCUCAGCCGCCUCAUCAGUGAAAGUGGAGGAGCUUAUGGCUGUCCGGGCAGUUGAACAGCGAAAACCCAGUCGCCUUCAUUGGUGCGAACGCAGCGGCGUACUGCUUCCUGUAAGUAAUGAUUGUGUAGCUAUAUUUUUCGGCUGUCUUGACGGCAGCCUGUUUGCGGCUGUCGAAUUACCUUACGUGUUCGCGUUUCCACUAUUGCGUAUGGAGCAGAUUAUAACUGACUAUAAUCAUAACUUUGAAUCUGUAUCAAUCCGAAACGACGCCGCUUGCGCAUCUUAUUUCACUGCAAGUAAAUAUCAGUCCCGUAGUAUGUAUUUGCCAUUUUUACCCAAGCAUAAGAGUAUGAAUAAUCACGUUAUCUCAGGCUCUAAAGCCCAAUAUGUCUACGAGUCCAUUCCCUUUGCUGCAUCUUGUGCUCUCAAGGCAGGGACGCGUGUGGUAGUGAAGAAAGGUGCUGUAUGGUUAGAUGCUGUGGGUGAAUAUUUCCUCCUUGAGAAAAUCGUCCUAGGCGAUGUGUUGCGCUUUGAGAACCUCAUACCAGAUGUAGUCGAACGUAAUCGUAUAGAACACAAGUAUCACGCGUUACGUAAUACUCUUAUAAACACUUUGCAUGAAGAGUACGGGAAUGAGUUAUCUCUGGUGGACUGUGAAGAAAUACUCAAUACAUGGUAAACACACGCCUAUUGCUUAUAAUGAUAAAAAUAUAUGUAACCUACAAAACGCGUCAAACGAGAAUGUUUGUUACAAUUACAAAUGAGAAGAUAAGCCAAAUGCAGCCACUUGAUGCCCUUAUUUAAAUUUCCAUCCAAAUUAACCGCGAUCAUUUACUACGCCCACAUCAUUCCCCUCCUCCUUUCCCCUUUUGGCAUUUCUCAAACAUUUGCGGUGUUACUUUAUCAUCAUAUUACCUUUUCGCUAGAGAAGGAAAAGGUAGAGUAAAUAUUUGUUUGUUUUAACGAUAUAGGCCAUCGGAUCUUGCGGUUAUAUUCUUAUUUCACUUACGGAAGUAAAGAAAAGUAGGUUGGCCUUCAGUAAUCGAAUUUUCUCAUCUUCAUGUAUUUAGAAACUUUUCAGUGUUUUUAUUGCCCAGAGAAAGGGAUCAACCAAAGGAACGACUAAGAGAGUUGAAAUAAAACAUUAUUUGCUCAACGAGAGGGGAAAAAAAUUGUGUACACAUUUAUUUGACACUAAAAUUUACCUCUGAUAACUUCCUCAUCGAACUGUUUUUCAUUAUUUCUCUCACCCUUCCUUUUUUUUAUUCGAACUAAUUAUUAGAGUAUUGUUUGAAUUUUUUGGUGUAUAUUGUCUUCAUAUUACUAUAGAACACAAAACAUUUGCAUUCAUUUUUUUUGGGAAGAAAGUUUUAUUAUCUACUGCGAUCUGUACAUUAGGAUUUAUUCUUCAAGACAAUCACUAUUUAUAAAAGGGAAGGAUACCUAAGCCGAAAGUAUAGUUUCUUUUUAAGUUAUUCUAUCAAUAUAAUUACAAACUAUUUCUCGUUUUUUAUUGUAUAUUUUCCUAUAUUUUUAAGACACUAUAAAGGGAAACAUAUAUUGUGUGGUGAUAAAUUUUUAUCUAAGAGAAUACCUUUUAUUUUUGCUAUUUCUCAAAUUAUAUUUAUAGCGUUCGCAGUUUAUUAAUCAUUAGAUUAACAUUACAUUGUUGUUGAAAACCGAUUUCAAAGAUAAAUAACAAUCAUAAUCCUGAUUGUAAAUUCUUGUUUUCUUGUCAGAGGACUAUCUGACUCUUGUGUUUAUUUCUUCCUCUGUAUGCUACAUUUGUCACAAUAAUUUUACUGUUCUGAAACAAAGUAGUGAGUGCAUUUAUAGGUCUAAAUAAUAGUCUUUUUAAGCACCGCCACUUUUCAGUGUCAAAUACGUGCAUAUAUUUUUAUCUAUUUUAGCUUUUUAACUUGCGCUUUCGCUUUACAACAAAUUGAGUAUUCUUGAAUAGAUCAAGAUAUCUAGCAUUUUUUUUGACGAAUACUAUAAGGAGUCAUUGAAUUAUUGCAAGUUUAUAAUAUCAAGAGAAUACAUUAUUUGAUUUAAUAAACCUAUUUCGUAUUUCUCAUCUUUA